GUGGUGAUUGGGCGGUGCCCGAGAGGCUGCGGGUGAGGCGCGGGCGCGCAAGCGGGAGUUCCGGCGGAGGCCCGUGCUGAGUGCUGGCGCCUUCACCAUGGCCUCGUCUGAGCUGGACUACACCAUCGAGAUCCCGGAUCAGCCCUGCUGGAGCCAGGAGAACAGCCCCAACCAAGGCGGGAAGGAGGUGGGGACACGACAGCCUUUGGUGAUUCUCUUGGGCUGGGGUGGCUGCACCGACAAGAACCUUGCCAAGUACAGCGCCAUCUACCACAAAAGGGGCUGCAUCGUGAUCCGAUACACAGCCCCAUGGCACAUGGUCUUCUUCUCCGAGUCCCUGGGCAUCCCUUCACUUCGUGUUUUGGCCCAGAAGCUACUUGAGCUACUCUUUGAUUACGAGAUUGAGAAGGAGCCCCUGCUCUUCCAUGUCUUCAGCAAUGCUGGUGCCAUGCUGUACCGAUACGUGCUGGAGCUCCUGCAGACCCAUCGGCGCUUCUGCCACCUGCGUGUGGUGGGCACCAUCUUUGACAGCGGUCCUGGUGAUAGCAACCUGGUGGGGGCUCUGCGGGCCCUGGCAGCCAUCCUGGAGCACCGGCCUGCUGUGCUGCGCCUGCUGCUCCUGGUGGCCUUCGCCCUGGUGGCAAUCCUGUUCCAUGUCCUGCUCGCUCCACUCACUGCCCUCUUCCACACCCACUUCUAUGACAGGCUACUCGAUGCAGCCUCUCGCUGGCCUGAGCUCUACCUCUACUCGCGGGCCGACGAGGUGGUCCUGGCCAGGGAUGUGGAACGCAUGGUGGAGGCACGCCUGGCACACCGGGUCCUGGUGCGCUCUGUGGACUUUGUGUCAUCUGCACAUGUCAGCCACCUCCGCGACUACCCUGCUUACUACACAAGCCUCUGUGUCAACUUCAUGCGCAGCUGUGUCCACUGCUGAGCUCCUUCCCCACCCAACACCCACCCAACUUACCCCUACUCCAGAAAUAAAUGCCUGACACCUCCCCACAACCUAUAUCCACGAGUGGGGUCCUCUUCUGCUUCACCUCCCUUACAGCCCUCUGGGACUUUGUGGUCCUGCAAAUAGAGAAUUCCCAUUGAAUUUUAGCAGCCUCUACCCCAGGGACUGUGGUGGUCUGUUUAUCCCAGGAUCCUGGUGGGUGGGAGCGCCUGGACAGGUCUCUGUAGGAGUCUUGCAGCGGCUGUGUUUGGACAAGUGCAAGUGAGGCUGCUAAUUUCUGUGGCAGUUAGGCUGUGUAGGGUUAACAAAGUGGGGAGGGUGGGAUUGCUGAUGAACCCCAGGGUUGAUCUUUAACUUCUUGAAGGGAAGGUGAGCUUUGUGGGAGGUGCCGGAAAGGAGGGUCAGGCUGGGGCAGGGGCUAUGAUUUCUGCCCCAAGGCCCCAGAAGGGCAAAGUCCUGCAGCAUGAAGCACCAUCCGCCUAGAUCCCACUUAAUAGUUCACCAAGAGAGGCUUCUCUGUGCUCACUGCCGGGGAGCCUGAGCCAGAUGGGGAGCUGAGGAUGCAGAGGUGGCAGGCCUGCCUGGGUCCGUCACACUGCCAGGAAGCCACUGGUUCAGGAAAGCUGCAAGGUGUGUAACAGGCAGGUGGAGUGGGGAGCAGGAAGACAGUAUAGCGCCAUACAGGAGCUGGGACAAACUCAGUAGCCCUGAAGAUCAGAACCAGGGCUGGGGGCCAUUUGACUAAAACAAUCAACUCCAUCUUCUUGAGAGAUGCACUUGGAUCAUCUCCAGGCAGGAGAGGGGGCUUCAGCCUUAGAGUUCUGUAUCAUCUCUCAUUCUAUAAGUCACUGCUGCACAAUGCUGGCACGUAGUAGGUACUCAGUAAAUAUCUGUUGAUUGGAUGAGCUUGCUGUGGUAUUCAAGGGACUUGGUGGGGCAGGAAUGGGCUUUGAUAAUUUGACAGUGAAGGAGAUGGCUGGCCAAGUUCUGGGUGGCAGCUAACCCUUGAUAUUCUCAGGGCUGAUGGACUCUGUCUCAAGAGCUGAGCUCAAUCUGCAUCUGUCAGCCCUCUGGGACCUCUGGGACCUCUGGGACAGUUGCCACCAAUCCCGGUGCUGUGUGGUUGCAUUCCUAGCCAUGGCCAACAGGUGGCAGUGCUGCCUGGGCCAUGAGAACAAGCUUAAGGAUCCCGUGGCAGAGUGGGCUUCGUGCCCUCGUGCAGGGUUAACGUCCCCUAUUUGAGAGCAUAUGGCCCCUAGGGUGAGAGUAACCAGCCAUCAGGGACCUGCUGAGUCCAAGACAAGGAGAGGGGAGAGUUGAGACCUGAAAGCAGCCAGCCCGAUGUGAACUGGACAUUAUCCACCUCUCUUCCAAAAGCAGCCAUUACUGGGGCUGCCCUGCUUUGGCAGGACACCUACAUUCCCCGGAAUCUUGGGCCCCAGGUUUCUCUUAUUUAGGAUACUCGAUGCCAUCAAGCUGGGCACGGGUCUUUGCAGGGCCUUCACUAGGCUCUAACCAAGAGGCAGGAGCUGCCAACUGGAUCCUAUUCUGUAGUAUAUGCAUCGCAGGCACCCAGAGAUCGGUGUCUAAGGUGGAGAAUUUGGAAAGGUGGACGAUGGGCCUGGUGUGUGAGAAUGUGUAAAGGAAAGGACUCAUCUGCAGUUGUGAGCACCUGCCAGAGCCCAGGAUGUGGAUUACUCACUGGCAGCGGGUAGCCUUGGGGAUGAUUUGAUAGAGUGCAAUCUCCGGUGCUAGCUGGCCAGCUUCA